AGUGCUGUCAAUUCCAUUCCGUCAUUCAUAUAUUCCCAAAUUUGUUUUCCAAUUCAUUAUUUAUUUAUUAUCCGUUUUGUGCAAUAUUGUAACCAUUACCAGUGACUAUUUCACAACAAAAAAUUAUCCAAAGCAAUGCAUAUCCGUCUGAUUGGGAAGACAUUUUAAAUAUAAAUAUCUGGUGCACCUAUAGGCAGGAAAGUGUUUACAUUUUUUCUUAAUCCCAGAUAAAAAUUUCCUUUCUCCUUAACAAACUAAUUAAAACGGGGUUUUGAUGAUACAAUGACACUAAUAGAAGGUAUUGGAGACGAGGUAACACACUUCUUCCUUUUCCUGUUUGCAGGCCUAAUUGCAUAUAUUGCUUGGUGGUCAACGAAUAUAUCUGAUCAAAGACAAUUUAGAACCUUAGUGUUACUUAAUCGCAGAAGAAAUAAUUCUAGAGAAGUUUACAGAGUUAGGGUACCUUUUAGACCUAAUUUACAAUCCUUACGAUAUUUAAGACAGUUGACAAACCAUACUGAGGCUGUUACAAUAUCUGAAGGAACUCCUUCAAAUAGUUCUACCUCUGUACAAACAGAUGAUUCAGCUGAACCUGUGAUAUUAAACCAGACAAGUGAACAACAAGCAUCAUCAUCUACAGAGAUAAAAACAGAAUCUGCGCCGUCUUCCAGUGCAGUUCAAUCAAACACUGAAGGUGAGCCUUUAUUUGGAGAAGAAGAACGAAGUGACGACGAUUUGGUGGAGUUGGAACAAAACGAAAUUAUUGAAACAAUGGACUCAGAAGCCCAAAGUGAAUUGAGGCAGAGACGAUUAGCCCAUUUUGCUAAUGCAAGCCCUGAACCAAAAAAAAAUGCGGCUAAUAACCCCUUAUCGUCAGAAAGUCCUGAAAAUGAAUUGAGCAGAGAACCAAGUGCUUCCAUUGAUAGUUCAGAUGCUUCACCACCUGUAGACCAGACAUCAGAUAACAUUACUAUAAAAUUGAAGUAUAUCAAUGAUAAUAUAAGAAUUGUAGAUGGAAGAUUAGAAGAGCUUGUUGGGGAUUUUAAAGUCCGUCAUUUUGUUGAUGACUUAAGAGCCAACAAAGAAAUUAAGCUAAUCUUCAAUGGCCAAAUACUUAAAGAAGACAGGCACAAUCUCAAAAGCUAUGGGUUAUUUGAUAAUUGUGUGGUGCAUUGCUUAAUUCUUCCAAAAAGGAAUCAGCCAAAUAGGAAUCAAGCGGAAGAGAGUUCCACUGAAAAUAACUCUCAGUUUUUCGUAGAAAAUCCAUUUAUAAAUCUUCGAAAUGUAAAUAAUAAUAAUCAAGCAGCAGACUGGGAUUUAGGAGAUUUUUUGUUUGCUGCUGUGAGUUUUAUUUUAUUAGCUGCUUGGUAUUUUAGGUAUGCCUAUGCUCACCUUUACACAAUAACGGCAACAGUCGGUUUGAUUUUAAUUACAGGCAUUUUUUCAAUUUUGGUAGUUGGCUCAUAUUAUCAAGAAAAUGAGAUUGUUGAUGGAAGAGAUGCGAAUGUACAAAUAAGAGUUGGUAGAACUGAGAGGAUAGAGGUGCAACAACAAUAAUGUCUUGUUUAAUUUUUUAUUGUUUAAAAAAUAGAAAAAAAAACUUUGAAAAGUAUAUAGAUCUGCCUAAAAUAGGCAGUGAAUUGUGUGGCACAGAAUUGAUUAUGAUUUAACGUUUAUUUUCGCUUUUUAGUACGUAGGCAAAAGAUGAAAUAGUUUGACCGUCAUAGUUUAUUGAUUGAGAAGUUCAUCUUUUCUCUCGUACCAUUUUUAUUUGUUAAUGUUAUUUAAAGAUUUCAAAAAUACUUAUUGUACAUAAUAUUUUAGAUAUGCAUGUUUGGAGGUUAUUCUGUAAAAUAUACUGUGAAAUAAGACGGUCUGUCUAAAAAGCA